UUAUUUAUAUACUUUUUUUUUUUGUUUUCAGGAACUACCCAUGCUUCAAGUUUUCUUUGCAAUAAUAGAAUACCCUUUCAUGCAAAUUGUUUCAUUCUUUGUCAAGAUCCAAAUCAAUUUCUUCAUAUCACACUCUAAUAAUAACUCUUUAUUGAUUUUACGCAAAAGAAUAUCCAUGUUCUAUACAUACUAUCCAUUCUAUGUACGUAAUAAUAUCAACAAUAAUAAUAUGAUUUUUUUUUUCUUUUCUUUUGAGGCUUUGCAUUACAUAGUCAUAUCUGUCAUCAAUGGUGCGCGACUUGGAAUAGUCCAGAAAAUUAGAGCAUGACUCGGAGGACAUUUCAACACUCACUCAAUUAUUAUUUAAUUUCGACCCGACGUUGCAACUUCUUUAAAAGUCAAAGCGCGUUUAUUUUUAUUGUUCGCCGAUUGUGGUGUAACAACUGCUGUAAAGCUACGUUACUCCCUCCAUUGUAACAGGAUAAACAAACAAGUCAGUUUCUAGGAUACAGAAGGUGCAAGUCUAUGACAUAGAGCACUUUUAUUAAUA